AUGCAGGGCUUCAACAUGGGACGCUACGUCCCACCCGACCAAGAAGGCCUCACAACCGGCAACAAACUAGCGGGCAAGCACCCGCUCGGGGCGCGGGCGCGCCACCUCCGCACAAGCGGCGCGCUGGUCGUGCGGUUCGAGAUGCCCUUCGCGGUGUGGUGCACGACAUGCAAGCCGCACGAGACGCUCAUCGGGCAGGGGGUGCGCUUCAAUGCGGAGAAGAAAAAGGUCGGGAAUUACUACUCGACGCCGAUCUACAGUUUUCGGAUGAAGCAUGGGGCCUGCGGGGGGUGGAUUGAGAUUCGGACGGAUCCGGCGAAUACGGC